UCUUCCUCGACUCAAUUGAUGGGCUCAACAAACCAAGCUGCAAAGCCAUACAGAAGCCGAAGGGAAGGAACGCCACUAACCACUCAUUCCAAUCAAUCAUUUAACCGGGAAGACUUUGGUUACUCCCAUCUUCUUCAUCUUCAUCUUCAUCUUCAUUAUAAACCAAAGGCCUCGAGCUCCUUCUUCCACUUCUUACAGAGGGACAUAUAAUUCAUAAUUAAUUCAGCAUGAGUUUCCUCCACAAGCUUUGGGACGAAACCCUCGCUGGUCCCGCGCCGGAUUCCGGCCUCAGUCGCCUCCGCAAGUACAACUCCUUCUUCGCCUCCCGAUCUCCGCCGAUGCUAUCCAACAUUCCUCGCAGUAUCGAGAUCCCUAGCCCUACGCUCUCUCAGAACUCAUCCACCACCACCACUCCACCGCCCACUCCGCAGGAGACGCCGCGAGGGGACGAUAUGAAUAGACUGGCCAGGAGAAGAACCAUUGAUUAUCCUCGCCGUCGCCCUUUGGAAGGAUCUGACCCAACCAGCACCCCUUCUGUUUAUGAUUGGAUCGUUAUAACUGCUUUAGAUCGUUGACAGAUAGAGAAGCAUAUCGGAA